CGCGCAAUGACUGGAGUUAAGAUAUGACCCGAAUCACAAGAAGGACAUGCAAACUGCACGAUUUGAUGUCGCACUCUGAUGGAGAACGAAACGUGGCACCAGGCGUACGUCCCUCACUACCUUCUCAGAGGAGACCCCUUCGCCUCCCGACUCUCCCCAGAAGCCGAUAUAGUGGCAGCCUUUUAUGUCUGCAUCAUAGGGGUGAUGUCUGCCACGGGAAAUGGAUAUGUGAUUUACUUGAGCAUCAAACGCAAGACCAAACUGAAGCCUCCUGAACUCAUGACUGUUAACCUGGCCAUAUUUGACUUUGGGAUAUCAGUGACAGGAAAGCCCUUUUUCGUUGUGUCCAGUUUCUCUCAUCGCUGGUUGUUUGGAUGGGAGGGCUGCUCCUUCUACGGCUGGGCGGGUUUCUUCUUUGGCUGUGGCAGUCUCAUCACCAUGACGAUGGUCAGCUUGGACCGCUAUCUGAAGAUUUGUCAUCUCAGCUAUGGCACCUGGCUGAAGCGGCACCAUGCCUUCCUGGUGUUGGUGUUUAUCUGGGUGUAUGCUGCGUUUUGGGCGACGAUGCCCCUGCUGGGCUGGGGUCACUAUGCGCCUGAGCCCUUUGGGACCUCCUGCACUCUGGACUGGUGGCUGGCUCAGGCCUCUGUGUCUGGACAGAGCUUUGUCGUGUCCAUCCUCUUCUUUUGCCUCAUCCUCCCCACCAUCGUCAUUGUCUUCUCUUACGUCAAGAUCAUCUUUAAGGUGAAGUCCUCUGCAAAGGAGAUCACCAACCUAGAUGCACGCAUCAACAAAAGCCAGAACCUGGAGAUGAAGCUCACUAAGGUGGCCAUGCUGAUCUGUGCGGGCUUCCUAAUAGCUUGGAUCCCAUACGCGGUGGUUUCCAUGGUGUCGGCUUUCGGAGAGCCAGACUCUGUCCCCAUCCCUGUGUCCGUCAUCCCCACUCUACUGGCCAAGUCCUCAGCCAUGUACAACCCCAUGAUCUACCAGCUGGUGGACCUCAAGAAGUCCUGCGCUAAGUCCUCCUGCUUCAAGGUCCUGGAGAAACGCAGCAGCUUCCGGAAGUCCAGAUUUUACUCCAUUGCGGGCUCACUAAAGGACACAGCAGUCAAAGACUCUCCUAUGGAGAUGUGAGCGUUGGCACUGACUCUCCCCUGGGCUCCCCCUGCAGCCUGUGGACCUGGCCUGCUUUGCCUUGCUUCCCGCUCACCUGCCCUCCUGCCUCUCACACGCUGCCUACACAUGAAGCGUCACCCUGGGGUCCUGCGCCCAUCUGCCCCCCC